AUGGCGCACAACUGCAUCGCGGUGGCCAGAGGCGCCCAGGCAGGGGCCUGCGGGGCAGGAACGCGGCCGGGACGGGGCUGCCCGCGGGCGGCGCUGCUGGGCCCGGCCCGGCUGCGGGGCGCCGGGAUCCCAUGGAGUGUUCUCAGGAACUACUCCUCUGCCAGCGCCAAGGAGAAGGCGAGGAGAAGUGCCGUCUGUGAGAGGACGGAGCUGCUGGAAGUGCUGAAAGCUCGAGUGAAGCAGCUCCAAGGCAAUAACGUCCAGGAGGUGACGGUCAACAAAGUGGAGCCGGCCCUGCUGGAGAAUGCCAAGUACCAGGACCCACUGUGGAAAGGGGGGGCUCCUGGCCCCGCAGAGGAGCAGCCCGCUCCCAGGGGAAGGGCUGAGAGCCCGGCCCAGCCCAGCAGCUGGGUCGAGAAUUUGGAGGCGGGAGUGUGCACCCGGCAGCUGAAGGGGGAGCAGAAGCUGUCCAUCGCUGCCUCCCAGCUGGCUGUGGAGGCCAAAGCAAAGGGCAAGGCAAAGACCAAAGCUAAAGCCAAUAAGAGCCCGAGGAAGCCGAAAGCUAAAGUGGAUGCUGCCAUGAGCUGGGCCUCCACUGAGUCUGACAGCAAGCCCCAGGUGGAAGCGGUGAAGGAGGAAGCAAAGGCGCAGAGGCCUUGGAGGGUGCUGCAGGACAAGGAGAGCAACCACCACAAGAUCCUGCAGCAGACGGUGCAGUCCAGCCUGGAAUGCUUCCUGUUCCUGCAGCAGCCGGAGGAGGCCGAGAGGUUCCUUCUCAUGUACUACAAGUCCCGCGCCAAGAGGCACCUUCUUAAUGUCAAUGCCUACAAUAUUGUGAUGCGGUGCUGGGCAAGGAAGGGCUGCUUGCAGCGUGUCCACUGCCUGUUUUACAUGCUGGAGUCCGCCGGCCUCCGGCCCAGCCUGGACUCGUACAUGGUGGUGCUGGAGUGCCUGGGCCGGAGCCAGGCGCCCGCCAAAGCCAUCCAGAGGUGUGUGAGGCAGCUGAAGAAGGAUGGCUUUGCCGUGGAUGAGCUCUUCCAAAAGUGCCUGUUUGAGGAAGAUGAGAAGGAGAAGGUGCUGAAGGCCAUCAGGACCAUCCAGCCCAAGUACCAGCUGCCCCCUCCACCCAGCCGCAAGAUCUGCAAGUCUUCUCUGCUCCGGACCUUCUACUCCAGAAAGACGACGAUGCCAUACCCCAAGCUGGAUUUCUCUGUGCAGGAGUUGCAGGAGCGCUUUCAGCAGCAGCUGGAGAUGGAGCUGAACAACACCGUAACCGUCGAGUCAGUGGAGUCAACCAAACCUCUGACCCCGCAAGCCACUAAAGCGCGCAACAUGCUGGACACCCUUCGACCCCAGUGGCACGAUUCCAUCCUCCAGGCCCUGCAGAAGUCGAAGCACAACAUGUCCCAGCUCCAGAUGGGGUCGGGGUACAACAUUCUCUACCCCUACCUGUGCGUGCUGCCAGACGAGGAGUAUGUGGCCAUCAUGCUGCAGGUCCUCAACACCCUCUCUCCGCAAGGACAGUCCCUGGUUGUCCUGGCCCGGGACCUGGGCUUCAAAGUCUACAACCGAUACGUCACCCAGAGGAAGCUGCGCAGCCGCCAGCUGGGGAAGGUGCAGGAGGUCUACAAGAGCUACAUUCAUCUGCUGGCCAGGGACGGCCAGCCCCACAAGUGCUUGCCACGGGAAUACUGGGAGAAGCUGGUAGUGGAAGCCGGCUUCGGGCCUUCCCUGAACCUGAAGGACUGCAGCUGGCCGUACAUGCUCCUCAUGCGCCUGGGCAUGCACCUGCUGGAGCUGCUGGUGCAGGCUGUCAGGGUGCCCAGGAACAGCCUCAACCCCCGCCUGGAGCCCCGGCUCAUCCCCGUCCUCUACCACGUCUACUCCUUCCGCAGCAGCUGGCAGGUCGGGCUGAUAAAGCCCCAUCCCAUCUUCUCCCAGCUUGUGUCGGACGCUGCAGAGACCACACUGACCUUUAACAGCUCCGUCAUACCAAUGCUGUGCCCGCCAGUGCCCUGGACCUCCCCCCAUUUCGGUGCCUUUGUCCUGAACGACACCAGGCUGAUGCGCUUUGUGGACGGGGCCGUCCAGCACCAGCUGCUCCUGGAGCAGUGUCCUCCGGUCAACCUCCACCCCGUGCUCGAUGCCCUCAACCAGCUGGGCAACUGCGCCUGGAAGAUCAACCAGCCCGUGCUGGAUAUCAUCAUCUCCAUCUUCAACGACAAAGGCAACGAGAAGCUGGACAUCCCGCCGCCCGUCUCGGAGGCCCCCAGGCCUCCUGCUGCUCCUCCUGGCAAUUCCACCACCGGGAACAAGUCCCACAAGCACGAGCUGCUGCUGUGCAAGAAGAAGGCGGCUGAAAUGCACAGCUUGCGCAUGGACGCGCUCUACAAGCUCUCCAUCGCCAACUUCGUCAGGGACAAGGUGUUCUGGUUUCCCCACAACAUGGAUUUCCGAGGCAGGACUUACCCUUGCCCGCCUUAUUUCAACCACCUCGGUAACGACGUCACCCGGGCCAUCCUGCUUUUCGCAGAGGGAAGGCCGCUGGGGCCCAAGGGCCUUGACUGGCUGAAGAUCCACCUCAUUAACCUCACGGGGCUGAAGAAGAACAACGCCCUGAAGGAGCGGCUGGACUACGCCAACGAGAUCAUGGAGGAGAUCCUGGAUUCCGCCGACCACCCGCUGACGGGCAGGAAGUGGUGGAUGAACACUGACGAGCCCUGGCAAGCCUUGGCCUGCUGUAUGGAAAUCGCCAAAGCCUCGAGGUCCCCGGAUCCAACAGCCUACAUCUCUCAUUUCCCAGUUCACCAGGACGGCUCCUGUAAUGGUCUGCAGCACUACGCCGCGCUGGGCCGGGACCUCAUCGGCGCCAUGUCCGUCAACCUCAUGCCCUGCAGCGUCCCCCAGGAUGUCUACAGCACCGUGGCCCAGCAGGUGGAGGAGUUUCGGAAGAAGGAUGCUGAGCAUGGGGUGAAGGUGGCCCAGGUGCUGCAGGACUUCAUCAGCCGCAAGGUGGUGAAGCAGACGGUGAUGACGGUGGUGUACGGCGUCACACGCUAUGGCGGGCGGCUGCAGAUCGAGAAGCGCCUCAAGGAGAUCGACGAGUUCCCUGAGGAAUACUUGUGGGAAGCAUCAGACUACUUGGUGAAGAGGGUGUUCAGUGGCAUCAAGGAGAUGUUCUCAGCGACCCGAGACAUCCAGAAGUGGCUGACGGAGAGCGCCAAGCUCAUCGCCCAGUCGGGACAGACGGUGGAGUGGGUCACGCCGCUGGGUCUCCCCAUCGUGCAGCCCUACUACCGCUCCAAGUCCACUGUGCUCAACUGCAACAUGCAAGCCUUGAGCGUGAAAACCUUCAACAGCAGCCAGAAGCCCGACACGGUGAAGCAGAAGAACGCCUUCCCCCCCAACUUCAUCCACUCCCUGGACUCCACGCACAUGAUGCUCACGGCUCUGCACUGCCUCAGGCAGGGUCUGACCUUCGUCUCGGUCCACGAUUGCUACUGGACUCACGCGCUCACCGUGGAUGUCAUGAACCAGAUCUGUCGGAAGCAAUUCGUGGCUCUGCACAGCGAGAAGAUCCUGGAGGAUCUGUCCAAGUUCAUGGUGGAGAAGUACUGCAGCCCUGACAGAGAGAUGAGAGCCCUCUGGCAGAGUAAACUGAUGGAGCAGCUGUCCAACGUCCCCAAGACUGGCAAGUUCAACCUGAGGCAGGUGAUGAAUUCCACCUACUUCUUCAGCUGAGCCCCGGCAGCCAGUGGGGCCCCGACUACCUCGCACUGCUGCCAUAGGCUCUGGCCCGCGUCUCCUGGGGAAAGUGGGUUUGGUUGCCAGCCCA